AUGGCGGCGGGCGGGCAGCGGGGCGGCCCCGGGCGCGCAGAGCAUGAAGCAGAACAGCCUCAAUUUUCAGAUGUUCUUCAAUCAAAACAAGAUUCUGAAUCAAAAGAAGGAUCAGUGCCUUUGGAAGCAGAAAUGUUGCAUCCAUUACACAUGGAACAACCUUUUUCUGCCCCUGCAGCCCAAAAUCUGCUUUCCAUAUUCCAGGAAGCCCCCUCUGGAGAACCCCCUGAUCCAAAAAAAUGUUCUCCUCGAGAAUUCUUGGAGUUUUACAUAUUCCCAGUGCUCUUACCUGGACUAGCUGCGCUCCUGCAGGAAGCAGAGAAGGAGAAGUGUUUUGAGGAAAAAAGAAACAAAUUUAUUGCCUCUGACUUUCUAACGGAGUGGUUAUACAACAAGAACCCAAAGGAGAAAGAUGAGUCAUUCACGGAAUUGUUUUCCAUUCCUUUUGUUAAGGACUGGCUAAAGGACCAUCCUAGACCACCAAUUCCUCUAUCUCUGCUUAUAUCAGAAGAAGAAGCAAGCAUACUAAUUCAAUCCUUCUGGAGAGGUUAUCGGGUGCGUUGUGAUAGUGAGAUACAAGAGCUACGUCAGUGGCAAAAGAAGUUGAGAGAGGAGAGACACAUUAAUAAGAUAGUGAAAGAAUUCUGGACUAAGCAGGAAGCCAAAGUGAGAAGAAAAUCAGAAGAGCUGGACAAACAUACACAAAAUCCUUCAACAUCUCAAUUUUAGUUUCCUCACUAAAACUGCAAAGCACAGAGCUCAUGGACUUUGUGAUACUGAUUUAGAAACUCUCUUAGCAUUAAAGCCUUUACUUUUGCAUGUGAGGUAAAUCAAAGGCAGAUUAUGUAAGGACCCAGCAUGCCAAGACAAAAUUCAGUCUUAGUCUAAGUGAGCACAAUUCUGUUAAAACAGAUGGAAUGGUGCACAUCUAGCCAAAAAUGUUGAAUCUGUGUUUAUCUUGUGUUCCUGAAUGCUCACUUAAAACCUUUUCUGACAGGAACAAAACUCUGGAUGAAAUUAAACGGGGUUACACCCACGCGUAGGCAAAGUGUUAAAGCUAAAGCAAAAAUCUUCAUUUAUCAUAAACUGGACUUCUCUGACUCCUGCAGAGCUGUGACAAUUUACACAAAUCCAGGCUCUGUUCAGGAUGGUUUGAUUUGCAGAAAUGCUGUGCCCCUGCCAUUCCAACGGAAGGCAACGAGAGCUGGGGUUGCUCUGCAUUUCUGCAGGGGAGAAAAGUCAAAGGCCCUUUUGUUACUACUUAGCACAUGUGCUGAGAAAGUGUAGAAUUAAGAUCCCAGUGUCAGCAUUUUCAGCAGUUUUAUGCAGGCUACUUACUUACAUCAGGUCCAAGCACCGUAAAAAUCAGAUUGGGCCCCUUGCUAAGGAACCCUUAUUAUUUUUUUAACUUAGCCCUGUCAAGCACAGUCCUUUAUAAUUUCACAAUUAGAGAAGAUAGUAGCAGAACUGCAAAUAAUUCCAUGUGAGUCAAAGGUGUAGUUGUUUUGAAUGGACACAUGCUAGUGGUCUCUUGCACUUGCUGUGGUUCCAGAGGGGAUUUCUUCCAUCACUUGCACAGACUUUGUCUUCACUGUUACACCAGUACCCACCCCUUGGGUUUUUUCCUGGUUGGUGAUGAUGGUUAUUACACCAGAUCUGGAAAAUCAAACCACUUGAAGAAAAAACUCUCAUCCUGCACCCUUCAAGCCCAGCUGUAUUCUCCUGUCCUCUUCUUUUCCAAGCACAAGCAAUUGAACCAGAACAGGAGACUGCUGAGCCAACAGGGGGAAAAAAAUAUCCCUUUUGUGUUAAGAGUUUGGCUGCUGAGCUCCUUGACUGGCUCACUGUGGGUUUGAUAAGUGCCAGAGCUAAGGGCAAGUGUGGGAAUGUGGCCAAAGGUGGAGGAAUGUGGUUUAGGAGUCCUUUCCUUCAGUUUAACUUUGCUUGUAUUGAGGAACUGUACCAAGGGACAAUUCUGUCUGUAGCACUUCUCACUGCAAUGGAAAAUUUUUGGGUGGAUUUUAAAACCAAGUGGACGCAAACAUUGUAAGUAAAUAGUAAAGCCUUUAUUCUCGUUAAGAACAGCAUUUUGAAAAUAAAACAUUUGCCCAUGCUUUA